CGACGCUGCUGCUGUUGAAAUUUGACGGCAGCAGCUGUUUAUGGGCGAAGUGAAUCGAGCGGAGCUCAGGGAAAAAAAAAAAAUCGGAUUUUUAGUCCAACUAAAAAAACAUUUCAGGAUGCGAAAAGUGAAUAACGAUCAAAAGAAAAGUUUAACGCUGUGAUCUGGAUAAAGACGGAAACGUCAAAGCGAUCCACGAGGAUUCUAGGCUGCAGACAAACAUGGACCUGUUUUUCUCUGGAGCCGUUACAAGUUCUCCAACAAAAAGACGAGUUCUACGAGCCGACCGCUCCUGUCAGAGCCUCGACCUGACACUCCUCUCUCCCGACUCCUCCUACAUCUGUUACUCCUCUGUGAGCAAUGGCGCUCCCUGCUGUUGUCGCCGCUCGCCACGUCUCCUCACCAAUGGCUAUUACCUUGUUACAGAGGACAGCUUCUCCUGGGACAGUGAUGGCAACAUUUCUCUGACGCCCUGCAAAACCAAUGUGUCCUACAAGGAGAACCUAGUCAGAGUCUUCCGACGCAGGCGGAGACCUCGCAGCUCUCUGGCUCGUCUGCUGAGCAACGUGACCGAAAGCUGCCAGUCGUGGCUGGACAGGAAAGUCUUCAGAGGUGUGUUCAGGAUCAGUGAGGUCCAGAACCAGGACUGGAUCGGGACCAGCCAGGAUGAUGAGCCGUCAUGGGCCGGAGUCGGCGGCAGCUUCACGUACGAUCAUACCGAGCUGCCUACGCCUCCUGACAAACAGACUCCGCCUCCAAAGAUUAUCCAAGAAGACAUUUGCUCUGAGAUCUGUCAAUCAAAGGAGGAGUUCACUGAAUCACUGGGCGGCCUCUCAGAAGUCCCGCCCCCCACAGUCUUCUACACCAGUAGCUGCUGUUGCCCGACGACACCUGAGCUGAGAGGAUUAGCUGUGGUGAAGGUCCUUCUCCUUUUCAGCUUCACUAUCUUCAUUUUUGCCACCCUGUACUCCAGGUGCUUGAUGUGGGGCGCAACUAUAGCAUCGACUGUGUUCAUAAUCAUCACGGCGUUUAUGUAUUUGAUGAAGUCGGGACCGAUGGGCGAGUGGCGUCAGGCAAAGACUGAGGACAUCAAGUCGAGGAAUGAGUGAAGGAAAAGCACAGCGGUCACACAGCUAUCAAACGUUUUACGCUUCACUUUGGCAGUGUCAUGGAAUGCGCCUGCUGACAUGGCUGUGAUAUUAUUUGUCCUGACAGGAAUUAGACUGUUGAUGUACUAACACGAAUUAGCAACUUCGCUAACCUAUGAAAUUGGGAUUGUAUUUCCCAGAGUGUAGGCAAAGUUGCCUACAUUCCUUUUUCCAUUUGUUUUCUCAUCAGGCUACAUCACCAUCUGCAGGUGGAUACAGUUUAUUUAUGGGACUGAAACUGCGACAUCACAUUUACUUGUGUUUAAUGUAUUUCAACAGUACAACACCUGCAUCAGCCACCGUAGCAGUUAUGAUAUCUUGCAGGGAAGUUUUCGAUCUGGUGGACUGACAUCCCUUCUUGUCCAAUACGAGAAAAUCGUCCUAUUUCCCUGUGGGCUAUACAAUAGCCCCUGGUGGUGUGACUGCAGCUCACCACUUCCGUAACAAUUUGACGGUGAUUUUUGUAUGAUUCAGAAGCUACUUUACCGUUUGUGUUUUGGGCGGGCUCAGACAGUGAAGUAGGGGGCAGUCUAAUCGCUCUAAUCAAGUAUCAACUUCUACUCAAAAUUCAGUCAGUUUGGGAAAUUUAGAAUUUUUUUUUAGAUUGCAUCUUUUGUUGUGUUGGCGCAAUGCGGAAUGUUUUAGAAAAUGUUCCAUUUUAAUUACUUAAAAAAAAAAAAAUGAAGAAAAAAAAAAUCAUCCAUAUAUAAUGAGAUGAAGUCCGGGUAAGCGGGGAAUUCCUCUUUGGGUGGCCUGGUAGAGCCUUGGUCUCAAGUGCAAGUGAUCUGGUGUUCGAACCCCACUGUGGCCACAAUGAUUGUCAUCUGGUCACACAUAUGUUUGUUUUUUUUUUAAAUUAAGUUGAUAAUGUUACGUUAGAAUGAACAAUAAAGUUUUCACAUUACGAAUUUGAGAUUAAAAAGAUUUAACAACACAUAGCAACGAACAAAUAUUCAAUUAUUGUAGAAUUAAAAUUAAAAUAAAGAAUAAAAUAAUAAACGGGAUCAUUGCUAUCAAUCACGAUUUAUCAUUUUUUCUUCUGAAAAAAAAAAAAAGUUAAACUCAGUUCAGGUUUAAGUCGCUUUAAAUUAAGACAUAUGACAUAUUAAAGACAUAUUAGACAUAUUAAACUGGUUUCACUGUUGUGUAAACCAAAUUAAACCGGUGGGAACCAGUUGAGUAACUCUGUGAAGGGUCAAAGGUGAACUUUGUGUCCAGUGUAAAUCAGGAAAUUAUGAGUCACCUGAUUUAUUUCAUAUUUUGUCAAUUUUAGUUACUUUGUGUGUGUAUAUUUAAAAAUUAUCAAAAGUAAACUCACUUGUUUUUAUUUCAGAAAAUAUCAAUUUUUACGUUUAAUUCACUUUUCUCAAUAAAUUCAGAGCUGCAGCGAUCACAACUAAAAAUAAAUGUUUUAUUUAAAAUUUUUCUUAGUUCCAGAAACUUAAGUUGAUGGUGAGCUGCAGCUCUGCAGGACUCACCUGUAGAUAUGAAAAAAAGAGAUUUAUUUAAAAUGUAAAAUGUGAUACACUUAUUGCAAGUUUGCACUCUGUUUUUUUAGACUGGUUUUGACAUUUUGAAAACUACAAAUGGUUUUGAAGCACUAUGAAAUUGUUUAAUAAAAGCACUAAUUGUUUUUGUGCUCCAGGACUGUCACAUCCCAAUGACAAUGCAGAAAGCUGCAGAAAUGGUCUGAGAUUCUGACUGAACCUGCUCAUUUUGUAUGAUUGGAAAAGUGUCAAAAUAAACUUUAAAUGAGA